GGAGAUAACAAGCGCGGCCGGCCCGCGCGAGGGAGGGACGCGUCAUCACGCGGCGCCUGGGCGCACCGGUGAUGACGUCACGGGCGCGACGCCGGGGAACCCGGAGGAGAGGGGGAGCAUAAAGGGAGUGGCAGCGACCGGGGAAGGGCGGUCGGAGCCAGGGGAAUCAGGAGGUCAGGAGGGAGAGGAGGCGACCGAGAGGCCCGAGCAAGGGGGAAGCGGAGGAGGCAGGCAGCCCACGGGAGCCAGCGGGUGACCGGCGCGGCCAAGGGCCGGCGGAGUGGAGAAGGACCCAGGGCGGGCAGUGGAACCCGGGAGCAGUGAAUCAGCUCAAAACAACAUCUUUCAGAAAACAGCCGGAAUGGAAUAAAAACUAGCAGAGUGUCUUUGUUUGUAUUACAAACAAUUGAGGAUCUAGAACAGAAGCAGAGAGAACAAAAGCAGCCAUGGCCACAGCAACUCCUGUACAGGAAAUCCAAGAGAAAUCCAAAUGUCCCACCUGCCUGGAAUGUCUUACAGACACAGAGACCACCCAUCUGAAUGAGAGACAUAGCAAAGCCCUGGAUCUGUUGUGUGAGGACGGGGAAGCCAUGAGUGUGGUUUGUGAGAAAUCAUCUGAGCACAGCUCUCACCCAGUACUGCUCCUGGAUGAGGCUGCCCAGACAGACAAGGAAAAGCUCCAGGCCCAUCUGACGACUCUCAGGGAAGAGAGAGAGAAGCUGCUAGGAUUAAAGGUGAUUUGUGAGGAAAGAAGCCAGAAGUAUCUGAAACAGACACAAGCCGAGAGGCAGAAGAUUGUGGCAGAGUUUCAGCAGCUGCAGCAGUUCCUGGAGGAACAAGAGCGACUCCUGCUGGCCCAGCUGAUGAAACUGGACGAGGAGAUUGGGAGGCUCCAGACUGACGCUGUCAAAAAACUCUCCAUGCAGAUUUCCUGUCUCUGCGAGCGGAUCGGUGAGCUGGAGGGGACGUAUCAGAAGCCAGCGAGUGAAUUCCUGCAGGAUAUUAAAAGCACCUUGAGCAGAUGCGAGACGGGGCAGUUCCAGCCACCAGAUGUGAUUUAUCCUGAACUGGAAGAGCGAGUCAGAGGUUUCUUCCAGAUAAAUAUUGAGCUAUCAGAGACUCUGAGGAAGUUCAAAGACACUCUGCCAUCCUCACUGGAGAGAGCAAGAGGAAAAUCCCUGGGAGCUUUCAAACCAGCAAAUGUGACUCUGGAUCCCGACACGGCUCAUCCCAAACUUGUUCUCUCUGAAGAUGGAAAAAGU